CCGCACGGCAACCUCCUUGUCUUUCCCCUAAAAAAAAACUCCCUUGUCUUUCCAACGUCACCGCUCCUCCCAAUCCCGCCGCCGAUGUCCCUCCAUCCGAGCGCUCUGCUUAAUGGUGCUCGCGCUCUCCACACCCACGUUCGUGCCCUCCAAUCCGGCGCCGCCUCCCGCGGCUCGACCACGUUCCGCCCCCACGGGGCCCACCACCUUCUCCUCCCCCACGCCGCCCGCCUCCUCGCCCACCGCGCGCCGCCCCUACCCCGCACCGCCGCCUCCGCUCGCUCCGGAUGUCGGCCUCCAACCACUCCGGUGCCGGCGCCUGCUCCCCCUCCGCCCCCUCGCCGCCCCCGGCCCUCGCGGUCGCCACUGCCACACCAGCCGCCGCCGCCGCCGCAGCCCCGUCCACAUCGUCCUUGUCCUUCCCCGUCCCUGCUGUCGAUGGCGAGGAUGAUGACGAGGACGUCGACGAGGUCAACGGCUUCGACGCACUGAGCGAGUACGACGCCGGCGUGACGGAGAUCGACGAGGAGGACGAAAAGGCCCUCGCUGCAUUCAUGUCCAAGGAAACCUCCUCCAAACGAUCUCUUGGUGAUAUCAUCCUCCAGAAGAUCAGAGAGAAGGACGCCACUAUCUCAACAUGCUUUCUCCAUGGUUAAUAUAAAUUAUGCAAGGAUCCGAGGAUUCCUUACAACUUCAUGCACCUGAGCUAUUUGCGGAAGGAGGGGAGCUGGCCUUCUCCACGUCUCGGGGGAGACUGUCUUCCUUGGAUUCAACAAGAAGGGGACCCGGCCUUCUUCACGUCUCGUGCAAAAAGGGUGAUCGACGCGGACUACCACAGGCCGGUGGGUGUCGUGUUCUUCAACCACUUGGAGGCGGACUUCGCCAUGAAGUCCGGAGGCUACGUCAUGCAGAUGACCAUCCAGGUGAUUGCGAACUGUGACACCGGAGGUCGCCGAGGUGGAGGACCUCGACGCCACCGUCCGGCGUGAGGGAGGGUUCGGGUCCGCCGGUGUUUGAACUCCGAGUCUUGGUAGAUACAUCUAGACGAAGUGGUCUGGUUGUUUGCUUCUGAUGUUAAAUGGGAUCUCGUGAACUCUCCGAGUUGAGAUGUUCAAUGUUGCGUCCAUGAACGCUGCAAGUGCUAAGAUGGUUUUGUGAUCUUAGUUUAUUUUGCACUGGACAUGUCUUGAUUUCCAUCCAUGAAUACAGCAUCUGACUUUUAUUUUUUUAA